UCACGAGACCCAGGUUUCAGGGCUCCGCCAUAUUCUUACGUUAGAUUGUGUCGCAACGAACUUUCGGCGAGUUUGCUCUUCAGAAGACGGUUUUGCAGGUAAACAACUAUGGCAUCAAGAAAGAAGGUUCUUCUUAAAGUCAUAAUCCUUGGAGACAGUGGGGUUGGUAAAACAUCUCUCAUGAACCAGUAUGUCAACAAAAAAUUUAGUAAUCAAUACAAGGCUACAAUCGGAGCAGACUUUCUCACAAAAGAGGUGAUGGUUGACGAUAGGCUAGUUACGAUGCAGAUAUGGGACACAGCAGGACAAGAAAGAUUUCAAAGCUUGGGUGUGGCAUUUUAUCGUGGUGCUGACUGUUGUGUACUGGUCUUCGAUGUGACGCAACCCAGUACCUUCAAGACAUUAGAUAGCUGGAGAGAUGAAUUCCUCAUUCAGGCAAGCCCAAGAGAUCCAGAGAACUUUCCUUUUGUUGUCUUAGGAAACAAAAUUGACUUGGAAAACAGAGCGGUCAAUGCCAAACGCGCACAGUCAUGGUGUCACUCAAAGAAUGACAUUCCAUACUUCGAGACCAGUGCAAAGGAGGCCAUCAAUGUUGAACAAGCAUUCCAGACCAUUGCCAAAAAUGCCCUCGCCCAGGAAACAGAGGUGGAGUUAUACAACGAUUUCCCUGACCAAAUAAAGCUCUCUGGGGACAGCAAACCAAAAUCGAAUGACUGUGCUUGUUGAACAGAAUUCAAUAGUAACUGUAGUUCUUUGAGGUCUUGUAUUGAGAUGAUGUAUCGUAUGAAAGAGGUGCAACUCCUUGCUGUAAUGAUUGAUAUACUCACUGGCCAAUGAAGUAAAUUGCUCAGGACAUUGGCGAACUAAGACAAAAAAAAUAAAGCCUGCCUUGUUCAAGUCAGUGCGCGAGGUCUAGUUACUGUCAAGGAUGUGCACAUUUUUACCCAAGUUUGUGGCAUGGAAAAAUGUCCUUAGUCUGAUAUUUUGUAGCAUUUCAUUCACCUAUCUAUCUGGGCUGGGAACUCAAUAUGUUUUUGUCAGACAUUUUUCCACACAAAUAGAUUUAUUUGCCGUUCUUGAUUAAAAUAUUAAGCUAUCACUGCAUGAUUCAGAAUUGUGAAAAUUACAGUGCACUGUAUUACCUGUAGAGCAUAGAUUGAAAUGAAUGUACAAUGUAAGUAAUUGAAAUAAAAUGUAAAACUUUGGUACCAAGUUGA